UUCCUAAAUCACAACUAUUUGAUGUGAGAAAGCUGAAGCAUGUAAAACCCUUUUGUUCACACAGAAUUUACUUUCCACAACUGUGUUCUUUCUACUCAAGUCAAGAUAGGUAGAGUACUCCGUAAAGUACAGUGUUGGAAAAGGAAGACGUGUACAUGCUUUGAAAAUGCUGAGCUGCUUGUGAACUAUAGACACGGCAUGUUUAUGACUUGGUUUUCUAAGCAAUCUCCAGAGCCUGAACGGAUUACAGUGAUAUUUUAACAAGGCUGCUGGCAUCCAUCACCAGCUUUCACUUAGUGAGAAAGCUAAAAGAUGGAAGAAUGUAAUUAUUUCCCUGUAAGCUAAAUGGUAGUGGCUGAUUGUCAAGAGAACUUUGAUGCUUUAAACUUCUUCAUCUCCUGUAAGGCAAACAGUUCCUCUGAUGACACCACGAAUCUGGGAAUGAAGAACUUCUUAGAGCUAAUUGGAAAUGGCAUUGCGGAGCUGAGACUUAACUGGAGGAAAUAUAUCUCCUGAAGAAGAAAAAUAUAAUGCACUGUAAGGACCUGACUUCUGGUGAAAAAUUCAAGCCUAGAGAAAACUUGUCUGCUUUGUUAGGAAGAAUGGGUUGGACAAUUUUCUUCAAUUCCAAAGGAUUUCUGAAUGCCAUGCUGAGCUUAAUCUCUGCAGCAUGCUUUGUGCUUCUCAUCUCUUCCUGAUGCACUACAUGGUUAUCCUGAAGGGGAGGAUAAAGAAACUGGCCACCAAGAUGGUAAUCACUAGUGGAAAUGAAGAAGAUAAAGGCAGUCAAGAAAAGGAAAGCAAAGAAGAAACCAUCUUGGCAAUGCUUGGAAUUAUUGGGACAAUUCUGAACCUCAUUGUUAUCAUUUUUGUGUAUAUUUACACAACGCUGUAAACUAGAAGGCAUGCAAAUAGACCAGAUAAAUCGGCCAUUGAGUGACAACAAACAUUGCUGACUAUUGACAAGUUGUUUAAUCAGAAUUGACUCUGUAUUAUAUUAACACAUCAUAUAAGCACUGCCUGCAGGCAAUGAAGGCUGAAGCACAAUUAUUUUAACAAGACUAUUUCACACAGUGACAAGCUUAACUCUUCUGUCUUGCCCUCUUCCUUUCGGUUUGAUUUUCAGUUUGGGGGGAAAUUACUGCAAUUAUACAAGGUGUAGCUCUGAAGAAAUCCAUGAGGGAUAUGUUGUUUUAAUACAAUUGAUUAAAAAAAGAAAGAAAGAGAGGAACUGUACACUAUAUACAAUUAGAAAUGUAUACUGUAUACCCACAAAGAUUGAACUUAAAGAUAGCUCCAUAGCACAGAUCACGUGUCUGUUAUGUCAAAUGACUUUUUUCUCCAGGUUUUUGCUUUUACUUUCAUUGAAUCUGACAAGCUUUUUAUUUAGAAUGAACAUAUGGUGCAAUCAUGAAAAAAAAAAUCCAUUGAGCAAGGUCUGCCUAAACAUGAUAAAAUGUUGGGAGAAAUAUAUUAUAUGAUUGUUUUUCCUUUCUCAUUUGCCUAGCAUCUGUCUGUUCAUAUCAAUGUUUAUAAAUAUCUAUUUUUAAUAAAUGUGCUAUAUUUUUAGCAUGAACCAAA